AGAAGGACAGUUCUGUGUAGCAUCAGACAUAUUCAGAUAUGCUAGUCUUGUCCAUCCUCCUCCUGAACCACAUGGUUCUGGUAAUACAUUAGUCUGAUGAGGCAUAACACUAGAAGAAAGGGGAAAAUGUACUGAGCUAGCCUCUAUUGGUAGACUACUGGUAAAAAGUAUCUCAGUUGGUUGGACAGUGGAGGAGCUGUCUGCUGAUUCACUGCUGGUUAAUACAGUCUCUGUUGGUUGAAUGCUGGAGGGAUUGACUAAAGAGGUAGAUCCAUUUAGCUUCUCCAUAUUACAAUACAUAUAUCUCCUUUCAUCUCCUUUGCUUACUAUAUUAUAAUAUCCUGAUGAACUCUCUGGCCAAUAAUUCUUAAUAUCCUCACAAGAUAAAGUAGCUGCCUGACAAGAGGAUGAUUCCUCAUCAUUAGCUAAUAUAAUAUACAGUACAGGUCAUUAUAAUGAAGAUAUUGUACUAAUGAUUACCUGAAGAUAUGUUAAAGCAGUGGAGUAGGACAAUACACAAGAGAACUGGUCUUAACAUUUUAAAGAAAGAAGGUAAAAAAACAAAUAACAGAAAAUGCUGAUAUAAAGGAAAGACUGCACGCCUCCACUUAAUAAUGCAAUAAUAAAAAUAGCUAUUACAGAUAUUGUUAUCACAAUAACACAAUUUCCUUCAUAUUAGUAUCAAUUAUAUAUGCUAAUGACAAAAGGAAAUGAGUUUCUUGGGAAAUACGUUGUAAGUAUAACAACAUGACCUGCUAGGACAACAAGAUAUCAGACUCAUAACUCUUACUGUAUAUUGGAGUACUGCAUGGGUAUGCAUAAUCAUAUGCAUAAUGUUAAAGCAGUGAAGUAGGACAAUACACAAGAGAACUGGUCUUAACAUUUUAAAGAGAGAAGAUAUCAACUAACUGAAUAUCGAUUAGUAUGAGCAGAUAGCUAUGUAGACGACACAAAUGUCAUUGAUGUAAUAUGACAUCAAGGAUUCUGCACUCAAUUAAUGUAGUGAACUUUGAGCUAUACUAUACAGUGGAAUGUUGUUUAAUGGAUUUUAUUAUUAUUACUAUUUUGUAUUUGUGUAUACUGAUUUAUGAUUUUAGCAUUUUCUAUUCAUCAAAUUACUGUAUAUUACGCCAUAUAUUUCGUGGGUAUAAAAUUUUGUGAUUUGGCUGCAUUUUUUUGUGAAUAAAGAUUUCGUGAUUUUAAUGUAAAUACCACACCUGCUAUAUAAUCAGCACGCUAUUUUGUAGAUCUCAGUUUCGUAAAUUUUUCCAGAAUGUAAAAAUUGUGAAAUUUAUUUCCCAUGAAAUAUAUGUAAUCAUUUGUAUUUAUUGUACCAAUCAUGACUGCUUUGCUGCAUUAUACAUAAGAUGCAUGUUUUGCAUGCUUACUUAAAGGAUUUUAAAAUGCAAUUUAUGAAUAAAAACAGUUAUGCUCACAUUAAUUUUUGAUUGAUUUCCACAAAUUUUAAUGUUCACUAUAGAAAAAUUUACUUCCUGUAUAGGGAGGAAUCCCUGCAAUUUGCAUCAUUUCAAAAAUGUGUGUGUGUUACUGUGUGACUGUGUGUGUGUUCAUAUUUACUAUUAUACAAGUUAUGUGUGUGUGGGUGCUUACUGAUAAGAAUUCUUUUCAAUGUCACUAUAUAAAUCAUGUUUAUUACUCUGAGUUUAGUAGUGUUACCACUUGGCACAGCUGUCAUGCUGUCUAUAGUAACUGCCUUAAGGCUCAUCAUUCUUUCUCUCCCUUUCCUGCACCUCUUUCCAGGGGCAAGGGCUGAAAAAUUGUGCUUGGAAAAGUCAAACAUUAAAAAUGAAAAUACAAGUCAAAUUGUUCUAUCUGUUGGGUGCAGUAAUGGUACAGCUAGUUUUGAUAUUGGACUAGGAGGAGAGUCUGCAUCUGAUUAUGGACACAUCCAACUUGACUACUAUUGUUAUCAUUUGAACAAUAUGAGUUUAUUUAGAAGUGAAAAUUUAAAAGCAAAUAUUCAAGUCUCAUCGAUACCUCGCCAGCUUGAAAGUGUAGAUGUGCAGGAGAAUUCUCUCUGUGUUUUUGUUUGUUGUGCAGAAAAUACCGAUGAAUAUGAGUGGUACUUUACAAAUGGCAAUGGAAGCACCUGCAGCAAUAAAGUUGACAUUGGUACAGCACCAGCUGCUACUUCUUCCAUUAUUGAAGAUUAUUCUACUACUGCGACAAAUAAUGAAUGGAUUGCAAUCACAGAAUCCGUCACACUAUCUUCUUCGUUUGGUACUACUGCAGAAUUGAGUUCGAGUUCAUUUUCAUCAGACUAUUUUACUACCACCACAAAUAAUGAAUGGACUGCAAUAACAGAGUCAACAACACUGUCUAGUACUACUUCCAGCAGUGUAGGUCAAAUUCCAUUCUCAAGCAAUGUUAGUGAAGUGGGUGAUGUUAGUGAAGUGACUGAUACUAGUGUAUUUUUAACUACUAGUGAUAUAGGCUCUAGUGUAACUAGUAGUUCUUCUGAUGUAUUUCCAAGCAAUAGUUCAGUAGAUACUACUAGUACAACAACUGAUUUUGGAGAUUUUUUUUUAAUCAUUCUAAUUAGCAGUGGCAUUUUUUCAUUUGUCCUAAUUCUUAUUUUGUCAUUAUUGGCAAUACUGUGGUAUUUGAGAAAACAAACUUCAUUGAAAUCCAAAUUUAAUCAAGAUCUAAUAAUUGGAAUGGAUCACCUUUUGAAACUCCCAGAGGAACACUUGAAAUCAACUCCUUCCACAUACACUAUAUGUACUGAUCCAAUAGUCUGUGCUGCUAGCCACAAUACUGACAUGAAACAAAUUAGAGCUAUUCCUGCAUCUCAUGAACUCUAUGUAGCAUGCAAUAAAUCAAUUGGGACUGGAAUAAACAAUAAUGGAUUGCUGGAGGUAUUGGAAAAAGAUACAUCAUAUGAUCUACAGCAUAUCCAUGAUGUUUUAUCCUCAAGAAUGCCAAGAGAUGAAAGACAAACUGGUAAUUGUUUUAAGCAGGACUUGUUGUCUCAAAGACCAGACAUUACCAAUCCUCCUUCAGUCUAUAAUGAAAUUGGUUACAUUACUGUUUAACAGACUUAAUAAUCUUUUCCCAUAGUUUGUUUGUGUUAUUAUAGCACAGUAGUCUCUAACAUCUAUGAUUAUAG